AUGAACAGAAACUUAAUGGAAUACUGGAUAUGCCAUCACACCCCUACUGAAGCCUUUGUGUUGCUAGUAACAGUACUUGUAGUGGAAGGGAUUGCUGUGGCCCAAAAGACCCAAGAUGGACAAAAUAUUGGGAUCAAGCACAUUCCUGCAACCCAGUGUGGCAUUUGGGUUCGAACCAGCAAUGGAGGUCAUUUUGCUUCACCAAAUUAUCCUAACUCAUAUCCGCCAAACAAGGAGUGUAUCUAUAUUUUGGAAGCUGCUCCUCGUCAACGAAUAGAGCUGACCUUUGACGAACGCUAUUAUAUAGAGCCAUCAUUUGAAUGUCGGUUUGAUCACUUGGAAGUUCGAGAUGGACCAUUUGGCUUCUCUCCUCUUAUAGACCGUUACUGUGGCAUGAAAAGCCCUGCAUUAAUUAGAUCAACAGGAAGAUUCAUGUGGAUUAAAUUUAGUUCUGAUGAAGAACUUGAAGGACUAGGAUUUCAAGCAAAAUACUCAUUCAUCCCAGAUCCAGACUUUACUUACCUUGGAGAUUGCCAGUUUGAACUCUCAGGAGCUGAUGGAAUAAUACGUUCUAGCCAGGUAGAACAAGAAGAAAAAACAAAGCCUGGCCAAGCAGUUGAUUGCAUAUGGACAAUUAAAGCUACCCCAAAAGCCAAGAUUUAUUUGAGGUUCUUAGAUUACCAAAUGGAACACUCAAAUGAAUGCAAGAGAAAUUUUGUGGCGGUCUAUGAUGGAAGCAGUGCCAUUGAAAAUCUGAAGGCCAAGUUUUGCAGCACUGUGGCUAAUGAUGUAAUGCUGAAGACAGGAGUGGGGGUGAUUCGGAUGUGGGCAGAUGAAGGCAGUCGGCUUAGCAGGUUUAGGAUGCUCUUCACUUCCUUUGUGGAACCUCCCUGUACAAGCAGCACUUUCUUUUGCCAUAGCAACAUGUGCAUCAACAAUUCUUUGGUCUGUAAUGGUGUUCAAAACUGUGCAUACCCUUGGGAUGAGAAUCACUGUAAAGAGAAGAAGAAAGCUGGACUAUUUGAACAGAUCACUAAAACUCAUGGGACAAUUAUUGGCAUUACAUCAGGGAUUGUCUUGGUUCUUCUCAUUAUUUCUAUUUUAGUACAAGUGAAACAGCCCCGGAAAAAGGUUAUGGCUUGCAAAACUGCAUUUAAUAAAACUGGGUUCCAAGAAGUAUUUGAUCCUCCUCAUUAUGAACUAUUUUCACUAAGAGAGAAAGAGAUUUCUGCAGACCUGGCAGACUUGUCAGAAGAACUUGACAACUACCAGAAGAUGCGGCGCUCCUCCACGGCCUCCCGGUGCAUUCACGACCACCACUGUGGAUCUCAAGCAUCCAGUGUCAAACAAAGCAGGACCAACCUCAGUUCCAUGGAACUUCCCUUCCGAAAUGAUUUUGCACAACCGCAGCCCAUGAAAACAUUUAAUAGCACCUUCAAAAAAAGCAGCUACACUUUCAAACAAGCGCAUGAGUGCCCAGAACAGGCUCUAGAGGACAGAGUGAUGGAAGAGAUCCCCUGUGAGAUUUAUGUCAGAGGGCGAGAUGAUUCUGCCCAAGCAUCCAUAUCCAUUGACUUCUAAUUGUCAACUAAAGGCAUUAAUUAUUAAGUAUGUGUAUGCAGCCUACACCAACACUCAUUCUGUCUCAGCAGCCAAUCUUGUUCUGUCAAAUUAGAAAGACCUUCAUAAUUUAUCAUAAUGCUGAUGAUUUUAUUAUCUCAGGCAAUCUAUAUAUGUGAAACCAACCAAGGAACUUAAUGUAUUCAGUGGAAAAAGUCAUCAUCUGUUGCUUGGCAUCUUAUCUACAAAAUACCAACAGUUCAAUAGCAGUUGAGGAGUGAGUGGUCAUGUUGAGCCAGGCUCAGCAGCCUGGAAGUAUUGAUAUCAGGAUACUGUUCUUAUUCACACAGCCCCAUCAGUUUGAUCCCACAGUAAAUUUAAAAGUAAGAUUUUUUUCAUAUUCCUUUUGUCUUUCUUUUCUCUAAUAUAUUUUAUUUGCCUAUAGUUUUACCAUUUUGAUUUCCUUCAUUAAGGGGAUAAUGUGUUGCUUAAUUCAGCAUGGGCAUGUAUUUGCUCUUAUGUGUAGAAUAUGGCUACUGCUGUGAUGAAUGGCAGUUUAAGACACAGUCAUAUUUCAUUUCUCCCUGAAUCAUUCCUAUACUAUUGUCUUUAAUAACUGUAUCUUUAGUCCUGUUUUUCUGGGGGAAGUAAUAGAUGACAUGAUUUAUCACCUUUAAAUCAUGCUUCGUCUUAGUUAUACUAGAAAAGUAAUAAUCCUGGGGUAUAUUAUUACCAGUUAGUCAGGAGUGGAAAUUUGAGAAAGAUUAAAAACGUGUAGCAACCUCUGCAGUUGUUGGGUCUCAUUCAGUGACAGACAUUCAUCCCAGUAAUCAGGAUCCUAGAACUCUCUUGUGGGCAGGCCUUUAAUUAUGGCUCCAUGCAGAGCUUCUUGUCAGAUCUAUGUUCCCUAUCAUCUUUCAGAAAGAUUUAUUUGUUCUCUUGGUAUUGGUUUGUCUUUGACACAUGGUAACCAUGGUUAGUGGAAACUUAAAUUCUCUAAGAAACUAUGUGAGCCUUUACAUAGCUUCUGCUUGGAAAAGUGCAUUUUUCUAGCCAUUAUCAUCAAGAAUAGCAGCUUCAGCUUUUUUUUAAAGCACUUUUGACCUUAUGUUUUGUAAAUUAUAUAAAACAAUAAUUUAUAAACAUGAUAUCAAAACUCAUUGUGUUUUUUUAGACUUUUGAUAUUAUUUGAUACUGUACAAACUUUAUUAAACCAAGAUUUAAGACAUACAAGACAGAUUUCUUUGAAUGUUCACAUCAGAGGCUUUGUAUAGAAAUACGCUGUGAUGGGACUGUACUAUAGACUAUUAUAAAGACCUUGGUCAUGGUGAUGUGUACAUAAGCUUUUCAUUUCUUUUGCUGCUGUAUUUAGUUGCUGAUAAGUUUUUCACUAUGUGGUAUUUAUUGUUCCAAAUCACAACAGAAAUCUUAUAUUAAAGUAUACAUUGUUACAUAAUCCUUCAAUUAUAUUAUUUAUAUCAGGAAUACUUUGGAUAAGAUAGAAUGGGGAAGAAUCCAUAUAUUUAAUGAUAAAUAAUAUGAAUAAUUUCAUUUUAAAGAGGUAAAUUCUCAUUUUCUGUAUUGAACUAAAUUUUCAAUGAAAUGAAAAGUUCAGGUUUCACUAGAUUUUAUUAAUUCUUUUAAGUACUACAUAAAUCUGAUCUCUGAGAUUGCUGAAAACUGUGACCUUCAAUGUGAUGUACUUUCUGCCCAAAGUGUUCUCUGUAUGACACUUUUAUUUUUAAAAAGAAAAUGAUAUCAAGAAGAUAGGAAAACUUGCACUUAGCAUAAUAAUUAUUUAACUUUUUGAAGUCAGUAAACAUUCCUGCUUCUUAAAAAUAGAACUUGGAAAAGUAAAAGGAAUUUCAAAACGUAGUAAUCACUGAGCUAACUAUCCAGAGAAAGAUUAGAUAACUAUGUUCUUUUGUUAACUAUUUAUUAAGUAGGCAUUUUAUUAGGUGACUUAGGUGAGUAAAUGUCCCAAGAGCGUAGUAAAUACUUAAAUUGACUGCUGUGAUCUCAUGAAGUUCUUUCUCAUGAAAGAAAAAUUAACAUAUUUCCUGUGUAAAAUUAUAUCCAUUGUAAAAAUAGUUGUCAUACUCAUCCAUAAUUUUUAGAUUAUAGAGCUUAUAGUAUGAUUUUGUACAUCAUUAUCACUUGUAGUUAUAUUUUUAUUUUUAACACUGUAUCCUAUUUGAAAGGAAUUUGAAAAGACUUAUAAAACACAGGUGUUUGUAGAAAACACUAGACUUUACAACAUUGUAGAUUUGCAUGAUCUCAUGCAACUCAGCAAGAGAAGCUUGGAUGGUCAUUUGAUUCUAAGUUCUCUGACCACUAACCUGAAAUUUGUUCCUUUUCACAGUAGAAAACACUUAUAUUCAGAGGCUAAAGUGAAAGCCAUAAAUUUAAUAAUGACAGACAUGAAAUUUAGCUAUCUUAUGUGAGUUAUUACACCCUACAGAGUACCCAGUGUUAAACAAGCUCUCUGACAAACAAUGUAAAGCAGGAAGGUGGUAAAACUCUGCAGUGCCAGAGAAUGCUACAGACCAGCUGUAUGAUGUCAGCAUUGCUAUCAUCCAUCCCAAGCUUAGCAUAGCUGUCAGCCCCAGUGGCCACAGAUACAACCUACUUAUUCACUAUCUCAAAGACACAGGAAGAAACUGUGCUAUUCCUUUUGCAGAGGAGGGAUAUUCAAUAUAAAUAUUUCACAAAAACCAAAGGAUAUUCACGUUUCACAUCACAGAGCUCUUAACUGGUUCCCAGUUGUGUUUUGUGUAGUCACUAAGCAUUGAGGAGCCGCAGUCUGCACCAAAUGCUUCUGCGGUUCUGUUACUACCUAAUGAGGGUGCUUGCUUGUUUUCAGAGCAUGUCAGCUGCUGAGAGAAGAUGAGAAAAGCCUGGUUGUCAUUCCAGUAAUAAUACAGUCAGAGAUUGUAUAAUAAUUAUUACAGUCAGAGAUUACACUUCGUUGCGAAAUGAUGUCUGCUGUAUGUUCAUGUUUCUUUAUUGCAAAUACUAAAAGAAAUAUGCCUGAUUCACAUUGACUAUGGACAGAAGGAACUUUAGGUUUUGCUCUUUUUAAAGAUCCCAGAGAGAUGAUCUAGUCUAGUUUUGUAAUGAGAAGACUAAACUCUAAAGAGGAAGUGGCACCCCAUGUCUCCGAACUCCUAGCCCAGUGUUCAUCCUUGGCUUCUUGUUCCCUACCUGCUUAGCUUUUAAAAACCACACAGUCUUAAACAUCAGCCUAGAUGUUCCAUGCAAAGCUUGUUAGUUGUUCUUACCUAAAAUGUAAUGCUAUAAUUUUGUUUACAUUAUGGUUUCCACCCCUCCCUUUUUAAUUUAUAUAACACUGCUAUCCUACUGCUUUUUGUUACCAGGCUUUGUUGGCACCUGCAAAAUAUGUAAUUACUGUGCAUUCUUAAUAAACAGUGCUGGUUAGCAGCACACAGGGUGAUGCCAGAGAGAAAGCGUCUUUGCUUUCACUUUUAUAAUGUUUUUUUAAGUUAAAAGAAACGAUGUACAUUACAGAAAUUAUAAAUAUUGGGGUACCGUAUCUUGAGUUUUGAGAAUUAUUGGAGUCUGAACCACAAUAAGAAAACAAGCUGACCUGGGAUAUCUUUUUAGCUUCCUGCACCAUCAAUUACCUGUUUUAUAUACCUCUACUAGUUAUAUGCUCUUCUUUACUAAGCUUUUUAAUAUACUUUUGAUUAUAUUUCUGAGAGUGGUUUACUGGCUUAAAAAGCCCAGCAAGCUAAUGAUGAGGGUGCACGUAUAGUGAGUACUACCUAAACUUGUUUUUUUAAGCAGUAGAUUUUUAUUAGAGGUCAACUUCCAAAUCAUGUAAGAAUUCUCAUGUGCUUAAUCCAGAUUUGGCACUUUAAAGUAUUUAACCCUUGAACUGCAAAUAAAAACUCCUGUUUUGA